UGCUCUUCCUUAAUAUUCAGUUUGCAUAAGUCAGGACACUUCCAUGUUAAAUUACCAUGAUAUGAACCAGAUCAUUAGCUCAUUUGAUGAGAGUCCCAUGAACUGAACUAACUGUGUCAGAUAAGGGAGACAUACAAAAUGCGCAGAGCGGUGGAUCUCGGGGUCAGGAUUGAAAAAUCACUGCUUUGAAGUGUUUGAUUUAAUAUUUUGUGUUGUUUGUUAUAUCUCAUUUUGAUAAUGUGAGGCAAUAUUGAAAGUGGGAGAAGGUGCAAGUUUUGACUUCCAAAAGUAAUAAAAACUGUAACUCUAGCAUUAUCAGUAAUUUUAUGCUGCUAAUAUUGUUGUUUUUUUCCCGCUAUUCUUUAAUCCCAGCAGCUGUGCAAAAGGUUAUGGUGCAAGAACUUGGAUCUGAAUAAUUUGAGGACAUGUGUGAACCAGCAAUAUUACGGGUAAUUCUUGAUCAGAGCUCCAUUCGCAAACUUCACCUCCCCUCUGGAAUUCCAGAUACCUGUGUGAAGUUGGAGUCAGUAGUUAAAGAGACAUUUCAGAUACAAGGGAACUUUACUCUGCAUUACAAAGACACUGAUUUUGAGGAGUUCUUUUCUCUGACUUCAACAUCUGAGCUUAAAGAUAAAGACACCAUCAAAGUAGUGCAAGUUGAGCCAGUGAUUAUAAAUUUAACAACAAUUGAUAGUUUAGAGUGUGCUGGCCCUUCUACCUCUGAUGCUCAAGUUAGUUCAGAUGACUGUUCAGUUGCCUCUUCAGCUCCUUCAUCAUUUGGCACAUCUGAUGACACCGUAUUGCUCUCCUCUCCAGACAGUCAUGGACAAAGAUCAAAGCCAUGGCCAUCACAGUUUGAAAUUCCAGAGUUUGCCUAUGAAACUGAGCUGGUUCUGCAGUCUGCUAAUGAUGCAUUCAGAAACGAUGGAACCACUCUGAACAAUCCAAGUGUGAAGUCCGAUAUUCUAGAGAAAUUGGCUGAGAAGAUUUUCCAGUUUUGUGCAUAUCCGACCAGCCUGCAAAUUUGCUCAGUUGCAGAAGCAUUGAUCCAAAAGCAUCCUUGCUUAAAGGAGCCUGGGUCAUUCUCCGGAUUCUAUGGAUGGCAAACCAGACUUAAAUUCAAGAUGGGAAACUAUCGGUCAAAAUUGAGAAGUAUCGGUUGCCCAGAACUAACUGUGAAUUCGGCUAAAAAUAAAAGACCUGCUGCUGUAAAAAAACCAAAGAAAGCAGAAAUAAACUACCUCCCUCCACACCCUGCGGGAGCAACUGAACAGAGUCUAGAACAAGAACGGAUGGAGCUUCUUGAUGAUGUCAAGAUAAGGGAUAACUGGAGAAAUAUUAAUCAAAAAAUGUCCAGAACUUUCUCCUACCGUCGUCACGAGAUUGUGGAGAAGGGUCCUUCUAUAGCAAGCAUACAGGAAAGAUGGCCUGCUUUGUUCGACACCUCUCAGGUCAAAGAAGAAUUCAGGAGGUUGACAUCUGUUGAGCUGGAAACAACAUUCAUGGCAAACCUGGACAAACACACGGAUGCACUUAUGACUUUGUUUCGCAACAAGGGAGGAAAUGCUGGACAGCAAAUUAAAGAAAUUUUGAGUACGCUAAACCAGACCAGUCCUGUGGAAAAAUGCAGAGAAGUUGUAAUUCGAUGCUUAAUUGUCUACCUCUCGGAAAAUCCUGAGAAUCUCAUCAAGCAUUAUCAGGAUACUCAUGGGAACGAAGAGGAACUGGAACAGCUCACAUUGAGGAUCGUAACGAAAGGUGGCUCAGCAGAUGAUCCUUUACAGACUGGCGUAAUGCUGGAAGCAUAG